AUGAUAAAUGUAUUGACCUUCAUAUUGAUAUUUUUAAUUAAUAACACAUCAAAUGAACCCGACAAUCGCAUCAUCACCACUCUGAAAUACUCCUCGAAGAAAUACGCUCGGCCUACAGUUGUCAAUGGAGUACCAGCUAAGUGGGGCCAAGUGCCAUUCAUCGUGUCCAUUAAAGAGCAAUUGCUCAAAGUAUCCAAACUAAAGAAAAUGUGGUCAAAUAUUUGCGGUGGAACAAUAAUUGGUCCAAUAAAAGUGCUCACUGCAGCACACUGCUUCGAACGCAAAAACUUCUAUUACAAGAAACAUCCCCAGAAACUACGGGUUGUCGCUGGAGAAUUCCUCACUGAACUAAUCCAUACUGGUAACACAGAUACUACAGAUAAAUGCCAAUGGCGAAAGAUAACGAAGAUUUCAAUCCACCCAGAAUUUUAUUUCCCCGAAAACGACAUAGCUGUGGUCUUAGUAAAUGAACCAUGGAUUUUUAAAGAGAAUGUAGACUAUAUUCUGCCGGCAAGGAGGAAUAUUGACUAUCCAUUAGGUUGUACUGCAGCUGGCUUCGGAAGUAUUGCAGACGCGAUGAAUAAGCAAAGAAUUUCACCUGUCCUUUUGAUAGGACAAAUGUUUCUGUUGUCAAAGAAAAAUUGCUCUUCGAUAUGGGAAAUGAACAUGGACAAGUUUAUCUGCACUUAUUCGUACAUGAGCGAUAUAAGUUAUGGGGAUUCUGGAGGUCCUUUAAUUUGUAAAGGAACUAAGGAUCCAACGGAGAGGCAACAGAAGAAGAAUGCGCUUCUAGUGGGUGUGGUUAGCGGUAAGAACUUCGAUAAGACGUCGAUAUUCACGCGAGUAGCAUCAUUCCGUCAGUGGAUUGAUAAAGAGGCACCAACAAUAUGA